AAAAACAAAAACCUAUUUUCAAUAUCAGGACAGCAUUGAGCAACUACAUUAUGCUUCAAUACAGUAACGCGGCGGGUUAUAAGAGCUCUGUGUCCUCUAUAAUUCUCUCAUACAUCUGCCUUGAUACUUUCAAGUUAUUCUCUCAUGAAAUCCUUCACUCGCUCCGUCUUCUUGGCACUUUCCUUGUUCGCUAGCCUUCAGAAUGUGGCUUCUACAAUAACGAUAUCUGGACAUUACAAGGGCAAAGCAAAGGCGUACUUCAACACAACCGUAUCCGCUUCACCUGUAGGAUCAGCAUACUUCAUUACAAAUGAACCCAAUGGCAACUACGUCGUCGCUGCUGACAUUGGUUCAGACGGACAGCUCAUACUUCGUUCCGCGUAUGCCACUGGCGGGAUCGGAUCCCACGUCGUCGCAGCUGGUACAGGUGCUACCACGGGCCCGGAUGGCUUAAACUCUCAGGGAGCCAUAUCAGUUAGCGCUUCGUCCAAUAUGCUGGUUACUGUUAAUGCUGGAUCCCACACCGUCACUUUGUUCAAGAUCGACGAGAACGACCCAUCCAACUUGACUAUCGUUGGAGAGCCAAUAUCCAGCGGCGGUCAUUUCCCUACUUCGAUUGCAUUCAAUAAUGCCGGUGAUACUAUUUGUGUGUUGAACGGAGGAAUCAUCAACGGUGUCAGCUGCUUCCACGUCAACCAAACCGCCGGUCUUCAAAUAAUACCAGAAACCACACGUUACCUCCAUUUGAACCAAACCACUCCCGCAACGACUGGCGCCGGAAGCACCGUUGGUCAAGUCCUUUUCUCCGCAGACGACACCCAGCUCUUGGCCUCCGUCAAAGGUCUUCUGCCUGGACCUCCUGCCGUAGUCGGAUAUAUUGCUAUAUGGGAUAUCGACGAAUCAGAUGGCUCAUUAUCUGAAAAAUACAUGCCUAUUGCUCCACCCAAAAAUGGUAACAAUCCUUUUGGAUUCACUCGAAUCGCAGGCGAAAACAGCGCAAUUAUCGCUGCUGAUACGAACGACGGUUUCACCAUUUUUGACUUGUCGGAUGGGAGUAAGUCUUCAUCCGUGGAUGUCAAUACCCUCGGUGCCAUCUGCUGGUCUACAUAUAGUCCGAAGACUGGGAAUUAUUAUAUGAUCGAUGCUGGAGGUGCAGUGUUCGAGGUGAACAUAGACAACAAUUUAAAGGGAUCGGUGGUGCAGCAGUACAACUCAACGAAUAUGGUCGGUCUCUUUGACGGUGAUGUAGCUUCUCUCCAGGAUAACGACUUCCUUUACAUCCUCGCCGAAAACUUCAGUACAAUCGAGGUCAUGUCUUUGAAUGCUCCAGGAAAGGCACAACACAUCCAGUCGCUCAACGUAGCCUCCACGCUUAUGGCUGCAGGAAUACCUAUCAGUUCCUCAAAUCAAGGCAUGGCUACUUUCGUUAAGAAAACGUGAAGGGCAUGCAACAUGCCUCUUAGAGAAACAUACAUAGACAUAUAUUGAUUUAAUGUAGGGAUAGCUCAAUAUUAUUGUCUAUCGGACGUCUCCCCUUCUGCUUAUCCUCUGACUGUGGAUCUACUAAGAACACCCAUCCAAAUUGUAUGCGUUCUCGUCCCUUUUGAAAGAAUACAAACUCUCAUACUUCUUCAACUUUUCUCCUCAAGGGAGAUAUCUGUGGUUUCGACUAAGAACAUCAAUCA